AUGGCGGCGAGGUCGAGGGUGCUAAAGUUGUAUCGUCAGUUAUUGAGAGAGGGUCAGAAGUUCAGCGAUUAUAAUUAUAGGGAAUAUGCUUUACGAAGAACAAGAGAUGGUUUUAAAAGCAAUAAAGAUAUCAUCAAUACAGAAGAUAUAGGCCAGUUAAUAGAGAAAGCACAAAUGAAUUUAGAAAUUGUAAAAAGACAAGCUACUCUCAACGCAAUGUAUAAACACCAAAAGCUUGUGGUAGAAAAACAAUGAUGGUGUUCUGUGAUUAGCAAGUAUAAGUAUAUAUAUGCCAAUAAUGCCAACAAAUUGAUUUAAAAGACAGUAUGUACAUGUUCGUGGACUUCAUGGCUCUGGCCAGUUCAGCCAGAUUAAAGCAAUUAGCAUCACAGUAUAAUGGACAAGUAUUCCAAGCAAGUACAUGGCCAUGCAUUUACACCUGCCUUGGAACUCUGAUAGCAACACUGUGAAAAGGCUUCAGCAACACUAUGUGGAGGUUUUCAAAGUUUGCCAUUUUCAUGGUUCUGUAUGUAACCUUGAUAUCUUGGAUUUUUUGGUGUCCAUUAAUUUAAAAAAAUAUUAAAAUGAUAACAAUAUUGACAAAUAUAACGAAAGGAACGAUGUAGAUGGAUGUCAAGGAAGUGGAAACAUGGAAAUUGCUUAAUUCUGAGGGGAAUAGUUUUGUUAUGAAAUUUGAAUUAUUUUGCUUACUGUAUGAUGACAGGCAGUGGACUUGUUUUUGAGUAGAGUUUAGAAAUUUAUAUUUUUCUAGGCUUUCAAAGGUCUAAAAUGUAUAUUUUGUCAUUAUUUAAAAGAAUAUUUGACCACUUUAAAAUACUAUUUUUUAAAUUAUGUACCAAGCACUUCAAAGUCAAGUUCUCUCUCUUCACUAAUUGACUGGAACCUCAGGAAAGUUGUCUGUUUUGUGGUCCCUCUAUGGAGAUGUUUUCCUUGGAUUUGCCUCAGGGAAUAUCGUUGUCUCAGGACCACAAAACACACUUUUUACCUCGGUUUUAGUUAAAGAGUUUUAGUUGUUACACCAUUUAAUUUCUUGUUCAUCACCAGCAUGCAUGUUGUUGUUGAUUUAAAAAUUUAAUAUGCACACACAGGCUGUAGGGCUUGGGUAUAAGUGUAACAUAUUUAGUAAUAAGGCUGACAACUUUCCUUUGCCACAUUCAGUGAUGGCACCCAGAAAGUGAUGAAAGUGUAAAAGAGAUAUGAUAAUGACAACAGGGCUAAGAAUUAUUUGCCAGUCAUUGGACAAUGUCCAGCCAGAGCUUAUCCAGGUAAAUGAUUCUUUGCCUUGCUGGUCAUUUUAACCAGUAGUGUUGAGCCAGAAAGGGGGUAUGACUCACUGAGCAUAAACUAAUUUGGCUGGUUAUCAUGAGAGACAACUGACCAGCCAUUAUGUUUUUCCCUUUGAGCUUAAUUCUCUGAGAGAGUGUACAGCAAGGUUAUUUUAUUAUACAGCGGUAUCUCUAUUAAGCAGAUGCUCCUUCAGGACCUUGCUUGUUGUCCAUUUAAUAAAAGGAGUAUGCUGUAUUGAGGUUUUUUCACACACGAGUAUGACUUGAAURAAGUCGAAAUAUUGUAAUUCUACAUCUCCUCGUCUUUUAUCCAAAACUUGGAUUUAUAACGAUGCUUUCCAUACUCAGAACCGUUUUCAUCUUGUUGUAUUGAGGUUUGUUAUUACAGUAAAUACAGUGUACCUCUAUUAGGAGGACACCUUCAGGAACCACAGGGAACCCGGCUAUAUUUUUUUGCUUCUUUUAGAAAAGUAACUUUGCUCUUUGUGGGUUUCCUGUGUUGUGAUCGGUUUCCUUUUACAUAAGCUGUAAUCAGAUCUGCGCUGUAAUCAGAUCGGCCCUGUAAACUGAUAGCCAAUUAAAUUCAAAUCAAUAACCGUUGGUGUUUUGUUUCUUAUGGGUUGCCUGUGGUGUGUAACGCACUUUCUUUUGAGUGUUUACUAGGGAGUGCGUUACCAACCAUUAAUAAUUUGCAUAAAAUAGCCAAGUUACUUUUCUAAAAGAAGCAAAAAAAUAUAGCCGGGUUCCCUGUGCAGGAACUUGUCUGGUGUCUGCUUAAUAAUGGGGUGUCUACUGUAUAGAGGUUUGUUUUAGAGUUAAUACAGUGGUACCUCUAUAAGCAGACACACCUUCUGGACCUUGCCUGUAUCUUUUCUUAAUGUGAAAGUUUUCUGUAAGCAGUUCAAAACGUUUUAGCACGUUUUUGUUAUGGCUUCCCUGACUUGCAAAAGACAUAUCUUUCUUACUUGGUGAAGCCAAUAAAUUAUGAACACAAUAAAAUAAUGCAACAGCAUUGUGAGACUUACUUGGAA